AUGAUGACAUCCAGCAUUUCGAACUGGAAACAAUUGGUUCAAAGAGCUUAUGACAACCUUACGCCAGGAGGAUACCUCGAGCUCCAGGAGAUAGACCUUAUGCCUCAGUCCGACGACGGCACCUUGAGGCCGGAUGCUGCUAUUGUCCGGUGCUUUGCGCUACUAGGGGAAGCCGCUACCGUGCUUAACCGGUCUUUUCAGGAUAUUCCAGAUCUUGUAAAUGUCAUGAGGGAUAUCGGAUUCAUCGAUAUUCAUAUCAAAAAGGUAAAGUGGCCCACGAAUACUUGGCCAGCAGACCCUCGAUACAAGCUCCUCGGCGAAUGGGCGCACGAGAACUCCAUGUCUGGUAUCGAAGCCUGGACCAUGGCCCCUUUGACCCGAGGACUUGGGUGGAAGAAGGAGGAGGUUCAGGCUUUCUUGGUUGAGCUCCGGAAGGAAUUCAAGGAUCGCAGUAUCCAUGCGUAUUGGCCGGCGUAA